AGCGUGAGCAUCUCGCCCGAGAAGCAAGUUUGAGCAGACACUGUGGGAGUGGAUUUUCAACAUGAAGCUUGCAGCAAAUCUUGUCUGUUUGUUCACGUGCCUGAUAGCAGUGGCUGGUGACCGCGUUUACGUCCACCCGUUUAAUUUGUUCUCUUUUAACGAGAGUACUUGCAAGGAGAUGGAGAACUUGGUCCAGGAAGGAAAGGAAAUGUUUGUCCCUGCCUCGAUCGAGUCCCAAACCACACCGGCCUAUGAAGAUGAUCUGAAUGCCAAAGCCAAGCUGGAAACCAUGAGCUUGGGCAUUCACGGGAGGCAGAAACUGAGCUACCUGAAUGACUUAGUGUAUGUCCUCGGUGCACGGUUUUACAGGGAGCCAAUGGAAGCACAGAGGGGCCAAAACCGCCUGCUGUCCCCAACCAGUAUCUAUAGCACCUUGGUGUCCUUCUACCUAGGUGCGUCAAACCAGACAGCAGUUGACUUGCAGGGUUUGCUGGGAUUUGUCCCUCCCUCUGGGGACCCUAACUGCACCUCCAGAGUGGACGGAAACAACGUCCUUUCAACCCUGAGGACUAUCGAAAGCUUCUUGGUCAAGAACAGGGAUGAGGAGUUGCUCUUUUCCAAGAUGCUCUACCUCUUCUCUGCUCCUGGGGCACCUUUGUCCGAGUCAUUUGUGCAUGAGCUGGUCGCCUCUGCUGACGAGCUUUACGUCCGAGCCGUCGAUUUCACAAACCCAGUCGAGGCAGCAAAACAGAUAAACACCUUCGUGGAGGCCAAAAGUGGGGGCCGAAGCAAGCACUUACUGACCGACCUCGACCCAGCCACCAGCCUGCAGUUUGCAAUGGACGUUCACUUGGCAGUCACUGUGAAGAAAGCCUCGCGGCUGAGCGAGCCUCAUGAAUUCUGGGUUGACACGAACACAAAGGUCUUGGUGCCUGGGAUGUCAGUGAUGGGCACAUUCAAGUACAAAACUGACACCAGCAAAACAUUCGCUGCCAUUGAAGUUCCCAUCAGCAAAAACGCUCUGCUGGUGCUGAUACAGCCCCUUGACGGCAACGACCUGGACAAGGUAGAAGCGGAGCUUCCUCUGCAACUCUCUGCCUGGCUUCAGGAUUUGUCACCAAGACAAAUUAAAUUAACUUUACCAGAGUUAACAAUAGAAGGCAGCUCUGAUCUUCAGGAACUUCUCAGAGAUAUGAAACUGUCCGCAUUGCUGGGGAAGGAAGCAGAUCUCAGUAAAAUAAGUAAUGCCAAUCUAACCGUUGGAAAGGUAAUAAAUAAAGCCCUUUUCAAACUCAGCAGUGAUGGAGCAGAUCAACCAGAAGACCCUACAACACAAAAGGAAGAUCUGGUGUUUCUGGAAGUAACACUGAACAAGCCAUUCCUUGUAGCUGUCUUUGAACAGAAGUCUAAGGCAAUGCUUUUCCUAGGCAGAGUAACAAACCCACAGAGCACGGUUUAAAUGCAAGUACUGAGAAG